AUGGCGAGUGAGGAAUGUCAGAGUUGUGGUAAGUUUUUUUUAUUUCAAAAUUUAAAUUGAAAAUUAUUUUUUUUUCAGUUGGCGUAGUUUGUUGCGAAAAGAAAACACCGGUGAAUAUUGCACAACAAAUUAUUUCAAGUAUGAGCGGAGCUGUUGUUACAUCACUUCUCAGUGAGUUGAAUUAGAUUGGAUUGAUUAAUUUGAAAUUUUGGAAUUUUAAAUUGCAGUGACACCCCUCGAUGUGGUUAAAAUUCGAAUGCAACAACAUGUCAGACCGUUUCCAAAGGUAGGAAUUUUGGUUAUUUUUUAAAUAUGAGGUUAUGCUUUACACAAAAUGCUCUUCGAAAUUCUGAUGAAUUUUGACCGGAAAAGUUAGGUUUUGAUUCUGAAUUCAGAAAUUUUACAAAGAAAUCCUAAUUUUUUCUGAUAGUCAAUAAAAAAAUGUCAAAAUGUUACUUUGGACCCAUCAGCUCAGUUCCAGCUUCUUCAGGUAUAUUUUUCAGGGUGAAUGUUUCUAUUAUCAUAACGGAUUAAUGGAACAUGUUUGCACGGCAUGUGAAAUUCAAAAACCAUGUGAAUGGUAUCAAAGACCUGGUAAUUUUCACGGAUCAGCUGAUGCAUUUUAUAAAAUUGCAAAAUAUGAAGGAAUUAAAUCAUUAUGGAGUGGAUUAUCACCCACAUUGUAAUAAGUUCUCUAUUUUCUCCCUCACCUCACACACCGUAUUUUUUCAGAGUUAUGGCAUUACCAGCUACCGUAUUCUAUUUCACAAUUUUCGACAAUUUAUCCGAAUAUUUAAAGAAGAAGUUUUGUUGUCGCCGCGUGUUUCAAACAGAAAAAUAUACACCACCGGAUUGGGUUGCAGCUGCAUUGGCUGGAACAACAGCUAGAUCUAUUUCGGUUAGUGUAGUUAGUCCAAUUGAAUUGAUUCGAACUAAAAUGCAGAGUCAGAAAUUGACACAUAAAGGUUAGCUUUAUUUUUUCAUCUUCAUCAGAAAUAUUUUUAUUUAUCAAAAUUUUCAGAAGUUGGUGAGCUCAUUAAAAAAUCACUAAAAACGAAAGGAAUAUCGAGUUUUUAUUUGGGAUGGUGGCCGACUUUGUUCAGAGAUAUUCCGUUUUCUGGAAUUUAUUGGGCUGGAUAUGAUUUCAUGAAAACGCGAUUGGUGAAAAAUCAAAAACCAGGAGAGACUCCGUUCGUUUCUUCAUUUAUUAGUGGUGCGACUGCUGGUUGUGUUGCAUCGAUUUUUACACAUCCAUUUGAUGUGGUAAGAUUUUUUUGGUGAAAUCUUUUUACUUUUUUGAAAGUGGGCGUGGCCUAAAUGCAAUUACCGCACACAGUUAUUCAAACUCUAUCAAACCAAACUAUUUUUCACUCAAAAUAUGUCCCGUGAAGAGCUACUUUUGAUUCAAAGUUUAGAUGUCGUCGGCAGUUUCAGCUCGAAACAUUAGCGGCCCAAAUGCCUUAAAAUUUUUGUGGAAUUUUAAAGCUUUUGUAAAGUUCCGAUAAUUCAAAAUGUUCAAGCCUUGCCACGACUUUUUGAAAAUCUUAUCAAACCUGAAGUUCCGAGGUUCACAAAAAAUACUCUAAUUCUUGCCUUUUCCCACCACAUCCCUCAUAAAUCCUAAAUUUUUUGCAGAUCAAAACAAAUAGUCAAAUUCGAUUAGGUGAAAGUGUCGAAAAUAUGAAUCAAUCGCUCAAAAUUGUUGCUCGUGACAUGUAUCUCAAAAAUGGGUUAUCAGCUUUUACUGCAGGUUAGUCCUCUCUUCAAAAUUUCUCCAUUCAUUUCUCAUUUCAGGUCUCACUCCUCGUCUUCUCAAAGUGGCUCCAUCGUGUGCAAUUAUGAUCAGUUUCUACGAAUAUUUCAAAUACUUAUUCCAAAAAAAUAACAUUUCAUAG